AGUUCGCUGCCGUCGCGCCCAAGUUACUCAAAAACAAGAAAUUUUUGGGAAAGCUGAAAACGAUGGCCAAAGACCAGAGGCUUCAGAUGACGGCAGAGGCGGCGCAGGGAGAAGAAGUUGUCUUUCAUGGAGAUAUAUUGGAGACCAUUUUCUGUCAUGUGCCUCUUGUUCAUCUCCUCCAGGCUUCCCAUGUUUCCAAGUCGUGGAAUCGCGCUGUUUCCUCCUCUCUCCGCCACUUCAACCGCCCCAAGCCAUGGCUUAUUCUCCACACUCAGCGCUCACGACCUCCCUACUCUAUUUCCGCUCACGCCUACGACCCGCGCUCCAACCUUUGGCUUCAAAUCCACCACCAUACCCCAAUUAAAUACGUCUCCGACCUCCGCUCCGCUCACUCCACCCUCCUCUACAUGCUCUCCCCCAUGAAAUUUUCCUUCUCAUUAGACCCACUUCAUCUGACGUGGCACCACGUUGACCCACCUCUCGCCUGGCGAGUUGACCCCAUCGUCGCCGUGGUGGACAGCCACCACGUUAUCGUCGCCGGUGGCGGCUGUGACUUCGAGGACGAUCCCCUUGCGGUUGAAAUAUACAACCUUGAGACUCGAUCGUGGGACACGUGCCGGUCCAUGCCCACCGUCAUCAGAGAUUCAGCGGCCUCCACCUCGCUCUCAAUCGCAGCCGGUAAAAGCAAAAUGUUCGUGAUGGAGAAAUCAUCCGGAGUGGCAUACUCUUUCAAUCCCAAUUCGAAGAUCUGGUGCGGGCCAUAUGAUCUUUGUUCUGAUCGGGAUGUUUACUUUUCCGUCAUCGGAUUUUGUGGGGAUCGUUUGGUUAUGGCAGGAUUAAUCGGAGAGCCAGAGAAAGUGACGGAUAUAAAGUUAUGGGAAUUUUCCGGCCAGGGGUUGGAGUUUUGUAGAGAGAUUGGGGCGAUGCCAAAAGGAAUGCUGAAAAAGUUGAUCGGAGAAGCAACUCGGGUCAGUUCGAUAGGUAUGUGUUGUAUGGGCGAUUUUGCAUUCUGUCACAAUCCUGAGGAUCCCGGGGAGGUGGUGGCGUGUGAGAUUGUCAGCGAAGGUGCCUGCCGGUGGGGGAGCGUAAAGAAUGCGGUGGAUAGUGACGAAAGCAGAGUGGGCGAAAGAGUGAUUUUUACGUGCUCCGCCGUGGGGUUGGGCAAUUUGCGUCGCUCUGAGGACCAGCGCUUCACAAUUUUAAACUGUUGAUCAAAUUUUGGGGGAAAUGUGCUAACUGCUGUGCAGGUUAAAUCAUUUAUAUGGAUUAAGCACAAACUGGAGGGGUGUGUUUUCUUGUCGUCAAGAUUGGAUGAGUGUACACUAAAAGUAAGAAGACGUAGAAUUAAGGGGUGUUCGGUGUAAUUGGAACUUUUGAUAGGAGUUUAAUGGGAAAGAAUAUAUUGUAGAAGUAUUA